UACGGCCAGACGGGCGCUGGCAAGUCGUAUUCAUUCGUCGGCUACGGAUCAAACAAGGGAAUUCUCCCGCAGGCGCCCACCACGGUCGCCCCCACCCGAGAAUCGCCGAUACAGGUGGAGUGUGCCAUGAUGGAGAUCUACGGUCGUGAGCUCCGCGACCUGCUCCAUCCAAAAAGCAAAGAAAAGCUCAAGAUUCGGAACGGCAAGACGGGCACAUAUGUGCAGGGCCUCAAAAAGUCGGCCGUCGGGUCAUACGAGGCCAUCGAAAAGGUGCAGGACGUCGGCACCGCCAAUCGGACUGUCGGCGCGACGCAGAUGAACGCCACGUCGUCGCGCGCCCACACUAUCGUCACCAUCACGCUCGGACAAAUCAAGAAAGAAGAUGGCAUCGACAAGGAGUUUGCCUCCGAUAUUGUCCUUGUCGAUUUGGCUGGCUCCGAGCGCGCCGAAUCGACGGGCGCGACGGGUGCGCGGCUGCAGGAGGGCAUCGAGAUCAACGUUUCGCUCUCGGCGCUGGGCAACGUCAUCUCGGCGCUGGCAGAAAAGGCCAACAACCCGAAAAAGAAGGUGUUCAUCCCGUAUCGCUCGCAUGUGCUGACUGAGCUUCUGCAGUCCGCACUCGGCGGCAACUCAAAGACCGUCAUGGUGGCUGCCGUCUCGCCUGCCAACAUCAACUUUGAUGAGUCUCUCUCGACGCUGCGCUACGCAGACCGCGCCAAGCAGAUCAAGGUUGUCGUCGAG